AAGUCUUAUAAAUGAAAGAGUUUUUGUAAAAUAUUUAGACUAUGCUUCUUCGUCUAUUCUUGAAAGAAAAAGGUUGAUUUGAUAAUUUUGUGCGUGAUAGGAAACCGAUUAAGUAUGUAAAUGAAGGAUUUAGUACGAUGCUGUUUACAACAGUAACCACCGAUUAUGGUAGUAGUUAAAAAGCCAGCAUUCUGAUAACUGUUAUAAUUUUUUUUAAAUCGCUGUUUCUAGGGAACAAUGCUUCGUGUUGAUUUUGUUCUCAUAUCGCAGGAUGUGGAAGAAGAUCUAUUCGUUGAUUCUGAGAAUGAUGUUUGUGGAAAGAUACCACAUGACAAAAAUAUCAAAGUGAACAUUGAUUUGGUAGACCAAGUCUGUGAGAAACUGAUUGCUGAUAACUGCAUGCCUACAGAGGUACAUGAAGCUUGCAGGAGUGUUGACAGACAAGAGCUUGUGUCUCGAAUGCAGUUCCUGGAAAGAUGUUUUGAACUGCUUAAGACCUGUUUCAAGAACAGCAGCAAGGAAAAAGUGUGGACAAAAUUCCACAUGGCAAUGAAAGAUCAAGACAACCUUCGGUCACUUGAUGAGAUGGUCACUUCAGCUGUCUCACCAUGGCUCUGUUUUGAAGCUUUGAAUAUUAUGAUUAGUACUGUUUUUGACACAUUUUUCAAGACAGAAAUCAAAUACACAGAAAAAGGAAAUCAAUAACUUAAUGAUAUAGAAAAGAACAUUACUCAUUACAUUGGAGGAGCAAAAAAUCAAGAAAAAAACUUACAUACUUAAGGACCAAGAGGAAAAACAGGAAAUCUUGACUAUAUUAGAGUCACUUUCAGCUAACAGUUUUGAAAGCACUUUAAGCUUAACAUCUUUACUAGACAGAGGAGGGCUUGUGACACUUCAUCCAAAUAUAGAACUUUUGUUUACAGAACUCGAAAUGACUUUUAGAGCAAUGUUCAGUGGAUUUUCUUCUUCAGCAAUAUCCUUUGAGGCCUACCUCCAGGAAUGUUCUAUUUCAACAGUUUCAAAAAAAUUUUAUGAUCAUCUCUACUCAGUGUGCACCCAAGAAAAUAAAAAAGAGAAAGUCCUUAAGGAUGUGAUAUACAUUUAUUUCAAGAUCAGAGCGCACCACAAGUGCAAGACAUUUAUGGAUGACUUUUAUCGGCGUUCAAAAAAGGAAAAGAGAGAAAAGGGAACCAGAAAACGGUUGAAACAAGCACACAAAAUUUGAAAGUCAUGAGAUGAGCAGUGCUGGAUGAUGAGCAGAACUAUUAUUAGAAAUGAGUGAUGAGUGACAACUGAGGUUGUUAUUGUGAUGAGAGACGUGAAGAUGAUAACUAAUGAUGGUGGUGUAAAAACAGGAACAAUUGUUGGUAAGAAAUGAGGGGGGAAAAAUCAGAUUGUGGUGGUUAAGUUUGUGAAAGAUAUAAGACAGAGAGAAAGGGGAUGAUAAUGUAUGCCUGGAAGGGGAUUUUACUGUUCAUGGGAUUCUGAUAUUUUCAAUGCUCUUACAUGGUGAGGAAAAGAACCUAGGAUCUUGACAAUUUAAAAACAUGCUGCUUACAUGCCACUAUUUUCAGCAAUGAGAAGGUUAUAAAAUAAAGCAAGUUGAACGCAA